UCAGUUUCUUCGCAAGGGCUGAAUAAUCAACCAUCGUAUCGUAUCGUCACUGUGUGCGAAUCCGAAAUCAAAAUCAAGAUCACGUAAUCAAUCAAGUGUCAAUCAAUCAAGCAGAAGGAGAAGGGUAAGUGAAGCAUCCCGUCGUAGCCAUGGACGAGCUGCAAAUAUCUCCUGCAGAUCCGCAUGGCGCCAGUCCAGGUAAGGAUCAACAAGCGGCAGGUGUUGGCAUUCUUCUUCAAAUUAUGAUGCUCGUCCUCUCCUUCAUCCUUGGUCACGUCUUACGCCGUCACAGAUUCUAUUAUCUUCCUGAAGCUAGCGCAUCCUUACUCAUCGGAUUAAUCGUCGGUGGACUUGCGAAUGUUUCAAACACAGAAACUAGUAUCAGGGCCUGGUUCAAUUUUCAUGAAGAGUUCUUCUUCCUCUUUUUGUUGCCUCCAAUCAUAUUCCAAUCAGGAUUCAGUUUAGCGCCUAAACCAUUCUUUUCGAACUUUGGAGCCAUAGUGACAUUUGCAAUUUUGGGAACAUUUAUUGCUUCAGUUGUUACAGGUCUUUUAGUGUACCUUGGUGGUGUAAUGUACCUCAUGUACAGACUUCCAUUGGUUGAGUGUUUGAUGUUUGGUGCCCUUAUUUCAGCAACAGAUCCUGUCACCGUUCUCUCCAUUUUUCAGGAGCUUGGCACAGACACGAAUCUCUACGCAUUAGUUUUUGGUGAAUCGGUUUUAAAUGAUGCAAUGGCAAUUUCCUUGUACAGGACAAUGUCAUUGGUGAAGAACAAUUCAUCUGGACAAAAUUUCUUCUUGAUAGUUGUUAGGUUUCUUGAGACGUUCGUUGGUUCCAUGUCAGCAGGAGUUGGAGUUGGAUUCACAUCUGCUUUGCUGUUUAAGUAUGCAGGCUUGGAUAUUGAUAAUCUACAGAACUUGGAAUGUUGCCUGUUUGUUCUUUUUCCGUACUUCUCGUACAUGCUAGCAGAAGGGCUUGGCUUAUCUGGAAUUGUGUCGAUCUUGUUCACUGGGAUGGUUAUGAAGCAUUAUUCCUUCUCAAACUUGUCAGAAAAUUCUCAGAAAUUUGUGGCCGCUUUUUUCCAUUUGAUAUCGUCUUUAGCUGAGACAUUUGUAUUUAUAUACAUGGGCUUUGAUAUUGCUAUGGAACAGCAUAGCUGGUCCCACGUGGGAUUCAUCUUUUUUUCUAUUAUAUUCAUCGGAUUAGCAAGGGCUGCAAAUGUAUUCUCAUGUGCAUAUUUGUUGAACUUAGUUCGACCUGCACAGCGACAAAUACCCGUAAAACACCAGAAAGCACUUUGGUACAGUGGACUUAGAGGUGCUAUGGCUUUUGCUCUUGCUUUGCAAUCAGUUCAUGAUCUUCCUGAGGGACAUGGCCAGACGAUAUUUACUGCAACCACUGCAAUAGUCGUUUUAACGGUCUUGCUUAUUGGUGGCUCAACAGGUACUAUGCUUGAAGCUUUACAUGUUGUAGGAGAUACACAUGAGCCCCACUUGUCUGAUAACUUUGAAGCUAACAACGGUUACGUGGCUCCUUAUGAUGAUGAAGAAUCAUCAUCAUCUGGGAACAGACUAAAGAUGAGACUUAAAGAAUUUCACAGAAGUGCUGCAUCUUUCAGGGCGUUAGAUAGGAACUAUCUUACCCCAUUCUUCACAACUCAAUCUGGAGACAGGGAUGACAAUGAUGAUAGUAAUGCUGAAGAUUCUUUACUGAGGUCUAGAAGAGAAGGUUUCCACUAGCAGAAUUAUUUUAUCUGAGGUGGAAUGAAGUAAACCGGAUGAUGAGAUUAUUACGUGUAGGUAGGUAGGUAAGGUAUAAGGUACGAUAGAGUUGCUAGUAUACUUGUGUAAAUGGUGAAAGUAGAUUAAGAAGGGAAGUUGGAGGUGUUUUUUAGUUGCAUGACUAUUUAUUGCAUUGUUUCAAUGAAAAGUUAAAGCAAACUCAUCGAUUACUAACAUGUGAAACCGAAAACAUGAAGAAACACUAAAGCCUUGCAAUUAAGCUUUCAUUUGUAAGGUCAGAUUGGUUCAUAGAAUCAGCUGGAAUUGGAAUAUGAAAUUCAUGGAAUAACAUAUUGGUUUGUCAA